UAUACGGUCGUGCAAGCUUUCGUAAAAGUUUAGGGCUUUUCACCACCAAAUUCCUGUGAUGGCAGGAUUUUCAGAAAAGGAGAAAUGGUUGAAAGAUAUUGCUGCCUUGAGGAGGAAUCCAAGCACAUUUUUCGCCCACAAUGACACAAGGGAAGAUGACUUCUUAUUAGAUAUUCUGCAGGCUCUCUUUUCAGAAGACCUGAGCGAAAAUGUGAAAGUUAUGCUGCUUGGUGUCCUCCAAGAGCACACGUCAGUACUUCUUUUGUACCCUGACAGUGUGGAACAAGUAGUAGGAUCACUGACCAAUAUCUAUCAACAGCUUCAUCAUGAUACAUCAGUGCUCUUCAAGGGUCAGCUUCUUGUUGCUAUAACAACAAUCAUGCUGGAUUGCAAUCAACUGGAGGAACAUUCAAGGAACUUUCUCCAAGUUGUUGAUAUUCUCCUAGAUGUUGUUUCUAAGGUUAAUGGUACCAAGGAUAGGGUUCUUCGCGGCAUUGCUUGUGAGUGCCUCAAGGAAAUUGAAACAAUACAUCCGGGUUUACUUUCCAGAAAAGUGGAUCAUUUUUAUGCCAUGUGCCAACUUGAGAAUUCAUGUAUCUGUCAAAGCUACAUGACUCUUUUUGGGAUGGUAUUGAAAAAUGGUCUUGAACAACUCCUUGAAGAUCCUAAUAGCUUAAAUGUCAAUGAUUUGAGUGAUUUACUGAGCAGAAGGAAGGAACCAUUGAAGCCAUUGAACUUGCCUGAAAAGUUUGACAUCAAGAUGUUUCAACUAAAAGAGAAAAUCACUAAAGAGCCUGGGCAGCUUCCAAUGCACCUGGACACCCGUGAACUAAAGAGGGCCCUAACAUAUAUUGUUGAUCAUCUUCCUAUUAUGACUCAGUCAUCAGCUAUGCAAGCAUCUCUUCUUGUUGGUCAAAGUUUGGUCCAUAGUCCUAGUAUCAAUCCUUUGAUUUUCAAGGGUCAUGUAUCUAACUGGGCAUCAUCAGCUGAUAUCAUCCUAUUUCAUCUUGUUCUACUGCUCAAGGCUAAAUUUCCCACUGAGAUAUUAAAUGGUGAUGAGGAAUGUGUUGUAUUGAGUAAAUUACUUACUUGUACCAACCAUCCUGCCCUGUCUCCUGGUCAUCGACUUCUUGCAUACCAGUGGUUACAACACUUUCCAGAAAGAGAGCCAAUCUUUCCUCAUUGUAAACCUCAUCUCCCUGGAUGUCUCUUCACUGAGCACUACACAAACUUCUUUCCUACAAUAUUUGAUGGUUUAGAUACAUCUCUUGUCAAACUCAAUCUACUUAGCCAAUGUUAUGUGCCCACAACUAUACAUGAUACCUCAUCUGCUACUUUGAUGGGUUGUGUUGAUCUUCUUGGGAAGUCCCUGGAAUAUGGAAUAGUGGGUAGGCCAGCCACCUCCUGGUAUCGCUUACUGUUCAGUAUGCUACAGAGGCAUUAUGGGACUGUAUUGAGAGAAGAAAUCAUGAAUGCUGUUGUUAAAGUUACUGUUAAGAACCCAAAGUAUACUCCACACACAGUGAACUUCAUUGAGAGUAUGCAGAAAGUUACAUCAGAUAAGAGUUUUACUGUGCUUCUUCUUGAGACACUCCUUCAACAUGUUGUCACAUCAGAUGUUCACAAUAAAGAGGCUGAUUUAGAAAAUUAUCUUCUCAUUCUUCAGAGGGCAGCUCAAGAAACUGAAAUAUCCCCAAAGCCUAUCUUAGACUACCUCCAGAUGCUACUGCAUAGAACAUCACUGAUGCAGGAUGGAUCCUGGUUUCUAGGCAACAAGAUACUUUCUGUAUGUCAUCAGUUGCUCCAAGUCCAUAGCAAGGCUGGUAUUUACUCUGAUAUGGGUGACACACUCUACACUCUAUUCACUGGGCAUCAGGAUAUAGAGAUAAGGGAUAGAGCUUGUCUCUACUAUGCAAUACUCACCAAUCUAUCAAGUGAAAAGAUUAGCCAGAUUUUAUCAUCCAUUGGUUCAGCUGAGGAUUCUCAGAAUCUAACGAGGCUAGUAACAGGUAGUGCUAGUGUUAAGCCUGCUGGAGCAGUUGAUACAUUAAAUCAAACAGUCUUCAAAUUGACCAGAAUUAGAAAACGAACAUCAUCACACCGCAUUAGUAAAGAUUUUUCUUCCUCUGUAACCAAAUACCACGAAGCUCUACAAUCACUAUCAUCAGAGAGUACUACAUGCAUAUACAUUGAUUAUUAUCUUCACUUUGAUGAACGUUUCUUGGAAGAUAUUCCUGAUUCUAUGAGACACCUUUAUGCAGUGAUUCUUCAUAUAGAUACACCUGCUGCAUAUCAGUCAAUAGAAGAUAUGACUGUUGCAUCACUGUCAGUCGAAAAUUCAUCUGAACCCAAAGAUGGCUGUCAGAUGGUCACAUUAGCACUCUACCCCAGAGAACCUAUACCUACAUCUUUAUCUGUAAGUGCAAUGUUUAGUAGCAGUGAUGGUCAAACUUGUGUGUGCAAAUUGGAACCUGUUGAAGUGACCUUUGAUGACCUCUUCAUCCCCAUUCCCAUCAUGCCUUCUUUACGUCUUGAUCUCUUCAAUGAAAUAUGGGAGAGCAUCAGACAAGAUGAGCAGACAAGACCAGAAUCUAUGAGUGCUGAAUCAAUUUGUACUGUAGCUCUAGGAUCAGAAUCAAUACAGAGGAUAGUGCAGUCCCAAUUAGUGGAUUACAUUGUGAUUUCAGAUGAAGUACAAGAUGGAAGAACAAUAAAUCUUGCCUUGCUGCUGCCACCUCAAUGGCAUCUGUUGCUACAGUUACAGCUUCAGGAAAACAUCACUGUGGUAUCCAUGGUAACAGAUAACUGGAAGAUGUUACCUCUUGUCAAUCAGUACUUACUCAAUUUAGAAGAUCACUGACAUUGAGGAGUGAGAUGUAAGAGAAAGCUCCUUUAAAAUAUAAAAGACAAAGUUUUGUAAUAAUAUUUUUUAUAGGAAAUCAAUUAUAUUUUUCUUAUGUGGAGGACCCAGUGUAGUGGAUUGAAUUACGUAUGAAAGACUUGGUAAUUAAUUCAUUUCAGUUGUUGUAGAUUGUCCUGUUGUGAUUCAUAUUCUAAUUAUCUGAAUGUACCUAGAAUAUCCAAGCAUACUCAGCUUGAUGGGUCAUGAUAAAUUCCUUUCGUAGUUUUCUUCAUCAUCAGUAAUUAUCUUGUAUCAACCUAGUAGUUAUCUAUAUUCCACUUAUUAUGAUCCCUUCUGCAGUCAUGACGGCGCUAAUGCAGUUUCACACUGGCCGACUACCAGCCAAUUUCACCACCACCAAUACUUCGCAAAUGUUAUAAAAAUCUCUCAAUCCCAUUUCAAGGUCAAAUUGUGCCCAGCAUCAUAUUUUGCCACUUUCUGAAACAAUUCAAAUUUUCGUUUGAUUCUAAUCUUGGAUUGGAUUGAAAUCAUUACCUGCAUGUUCCUGUUCCACACACAAGGUGUUCCUUAUCGCAAAGAGUAUUGUGAGCUGAAAUUAUCAAGCAAAUUUCUCUCUAUUUUGUAUGGUAGCCACGAUGGAAACUUGGAAAUUUUCCUUUCACUUUGCCUGGAAUGAAAAAAAGAGAGAGAAGGGGGGGGUCGAGAAAAAAACUUAGACUUGAACUUUUCAGGUAGAGAGCGAGAGACAGGGGAAUAGUAAAAAAGAAAUGGGAGGUAAUAAAUUUACAGCUGGGGCGCCAAUUUGAAGUUGACCGGGGGAGCCUUUUGAACCUUUUUACCCAAGAAUAAUGCCCCCUUACAAACGCGUUCAGUGCCCCUUUCAUUUCAGAAGGACCUGUUUUAUGUGUUAACGAGUGCCUGUUGCCUUCUUAUAAGUGCCCAUUAUCGUAUCAGAGAAGUUGCCCUUCUCUUAAAACCGCUCAUUUUAUGCCCGAUCAGUGCUCGUUUUACUUAUUUUCUGACUACAAUUGCAUUUUUUUUAAUGAAAAAAGGUUCCUUUAGACUGUUUUAUUGCCCCCUUUAGUUGCCCUUUUUCAUAGUGAAAUUCUUCUUCUGUAGUGCACCCUUUUCCACCUCUGAUCAAGUGCCCCAUUUGAUUAGGGCCUAUGCCCUUAUUUACUUUUGAUAAAUGCCCUUUUUUAUAGUUUGGUCGAAAUGUACAGUUUGUUAAUGUAAGGUAUUUACAAUUAGCACCCUUCAUUUUCUGCAGGGGCAUCUGAAUCGGGAUGAGAUGCACUUGCUCAUUCCCCCCCCAAAAAAUAGACCCCAAAGAAUUUCACGACCAAGAAAAAAAAAAAGAAAAGGAAAGAAAAGGGGUGAAAUAUGUAUUAUUCUCCAAAUAUUAUGUUAAACUCCAUCACAAAAUUUUGCUUGCUGCUUUGCUUGCUCCCAGCUUUUAAGCAACGUCUGCCCCUCAUUGUUUGGGGCUAAUUACGCUACUAGGGAAUAUAUGCUUUAAAAAAAAAAUUGUAAAUGUGCCCUUUUUCCCUGUGCCCCCCCCCCACUUUUAAAUUCGCUCUGCCAGCCCUGCAAUGUUAUAACGAUUAAAUGCGUUAAUUAGAGAUUUGUUAGGAAUCAUGGUAUCAUUUUUUUCACUCACAUGGUAUUCAUGUAUAUUACACCUCCUCGUUUAUACAUAUAUAUAUAUAUAUAUAUGUGUUUAUUCAUGCCUGAUAAAUGAGAAUCGUUAAGCUAUUCGAAUCGUGCGUUUUUUCGUGGCUUUUAUUCAACAUUAUUUACUGUCAGUUUUACAUGCCUCAUUUUCCAUGGUAAUACAUGAAUACACAUUAAUAUCAUGAAUCUUGUAAUUGUAAAACCCACCUGAAUUCACAUCAUAUCAUGAAUAUUGUAAUUGUAAAGUCAGGGUAACACAAAUACAGAACUAGUGCUGAAAUCUAUGCUGAAAAAUGAGGAAUUAUGUGAAUAAAUGCAAUCUGCACCCCAUACAUAAACCUUGAAUCAAAAUAUGUGAAAACCAAGUAAGUAGCCAGAGAAGGGUUAACCCACGGCUAGAACCCCCUCACAAACGAAUGUCCCCUCUGCAUUGCCACGAGCCCCCCCUUGCUAGCCGUCAGGAAUGCCCGAUCAGACGGGGAAGUUUUUUAUGUACCCAGGGUGCACCGCCCAUUCCCAGCUUUCAUCAACGAUUCCAGCAAAAGUUUUUCCAACCGGGCCCCCAUCACUUCCCUUCAGGUAUACCUCCCCGCAUGUAAAAUCGAGCGAGGCUCCUGGUCGAAAUUACAAGUAUUACGACUGCUAAUAUCAUUUCUAGUUAUAUGCAAGUGUGAUGAAGGCCCAAAUCGAUAAAUUCCGCCAACGAGCGAAAAGCUCGCCGCCAAAGAACACUUCUUAGGUAAGGUAGUUUG